AUGGAAUUUCGAGACAUCGUCGCCGCGGGCGGCUUUGUUAGAUAUGCUCUGCGACACCCUCUGGAGGGCUUGUCGAGCUUUGGGCCGACCCUGAGCGAAGCAACACUCGGACUGCUGGGUGCGUCAUUCAAGCCAGAGCGUGAUAUCUCGGGGAUUGAGGGCAAGACGAUCUUUGUGACUGGAGGCAAUGCAGGCAUUGGCCGAGAGACCGUCCUCCAACUCGCGAAGCACCAGCCAGCACGUAUCUACCUCGCUGCCCGCACAGAAAGCACAGCACAACAGGCCAUCACAUCCAUCCAAGAAGAACUAUCAUCGCCAGUCGACAUUCGAUACAUUCCCCUCGAUCUAUGCUCCUUCAUGUCGAUCCGCGCGGCGGCAAAACAAUUCCAAGCUGAUAGCGAUCGGCUCGAUAUCCUCAUUUUGAAUGCAGGCACGAUGGGCAAUCCAGCCGCUAAAACGGAAGAUGGCUUUGAGAUUCAACUGGGCACCAACCACGUCGGGCAUUUCUUGCUCACCAAGCUGCUCAUGCCCACGCUGAAGAAGACCGUCGCCGAUCUCGAGGCAAAGGGGGUGACGCCCGACGUGCGCGUUAUUACUCUGUCCUCCGUGGGACAUGUGAUGAGCCCCAACACGCUGGAGGAAAUGACCUGCACACCUUCACUCUUGGCCGGGAGUACCUUGGUUCGAUACGGGGCAUCCAAGGCUGCAAAUAUCCUCUUUGCCUCGGAACUCGCACGAAGACAUCCGGAGCUGCUUUCGGUAGCAAUACAUCCUGGCGCGGUGAAUAGUAACCUCUACACACAUGCGAAAUCGACCAGUGCCGCUAUGAAACAAGCACUCGGUUUCACUACGUCUUGUUUCUUCCGCAAUAUACCCAGUGGUGCAUUCAAUUCUCUCUGGGCUGCUAGUACUGCGAGAGAAAAUCUGAUUAAUGGGAGCUAUUAUACCCCAGUUGGGUAUCGCUGUAGUGGAAUAGCGAUUGUUCAGGAUGCCGAUGUGGCACGAAGACUGUGGGAUUGGACUGAGGCUCAGAUUGCGGAGCGCAGUUAA